AUGAUACGAGGUCGCUAUCUUUAUCUCCUGGUACCUGGGUACGGACCCGACUUGGACGGAGACGGGGGCAGCACAUGGCAACAACAAGAACUGGGGCCACGAAACUUGGAAAAGCCAAUGGCUUGGCUGGCGCCCAUGGCCCGCCAGCUUCCGUCCGAACGGUCGUGUAAGCGUGAAAAGCCCACAGCAAGCCCCGGGACCAACAGUGAAAACCCUGGUGUCCGUCCGCCAGGUCCCACCGUUCAGGUUGUCCAGACCGAUCAGGGCUCCAUAAAUUCGCAGGGUUGUCUCGCCCCUGGCGAUCCGCCGCGUGCCGUCCAAUCAGCGGCCGCGGUGCCUGGCAGGACCUGGAGAGUAGUGCCCAAAGGUUGCCAGAGCCCGCUGCAGGCCCCGCAUCGUCAGCCAUCCAGCGGCCACGCAGCCCACGCCAUCUUCACCAACCGGGCCCCGAGACCCCUGGCGCAUCGCUGCCAUCCCGUCCAAUCCUUCACAGGCGACCCGCAGCAAACACAUGCCCUCCUGGACCAUCGUCUGCCCAUUUAA